AUGCCAGAUGGUUCGGCCUUGGCAAUUGUAGACUUGAUCAAUGAACUCAAAGACAACGAGAAUGCCGAUGUCUGGAAAGAGGGCCUCGCGAACUUACGUCGUAAACCUUCUAGUAAAUCCGUGCGACAUACUCUUUCCAGUGUAUUGGACACUAUGAGAUUCUUAUGUCCGUAUGGACCUGUCCAUUUAUUUGAGACCCCUGCGGCCAAUGCUUGGAAAGAGGGCCUUGCAGGCCUGCUAGGACUUACGCUGUAA